UCGGUUCCUUCCUUUACUCCUAUCCCAUGACCACUCUCUCAUCUUAAACCCAAUAUUUUGGAAUGCUUGUUUUCCACUUCUUCUUUGAUUUCCUUUUUUUAUUCAAAAGAUAAUAAAUGGAUUCUCUUCAUGAUUCAAUUUCAGCAGCCAACACCGCCGCCGCUAACGGCAACACUGUGCCGCAGUUUCUGAGCAAAACCUACGAUGUGGUGGAUGACCCAUCCACAAACUCGGUCAUUUCGUGGAGUAGCGGUAACAACAGUUUUGUUGUAUGGAAAGUACCAGAGUUUUCAAGGGACCUUCUGCCCAAGUAUUUUAAGCAUAACAACUUCUCCAGCUUUGUCAGACAGCUCAAUACAUAUGGUUUUAGGAAAGUUGACCCAGAUCGUUGGGAAUUUGCAAAUGAGGGGUUCCUAAGAGGUCAGAAGCAUCUCCUGAAAACUAUCAGCAGGCGAAAACCUACUAAUGUCCAUAGUAAUCAAAAACCUCAAGUCCAGAGCUCAACGGUUGGAGCUUGCAUUGAGGUAGGGAAGUUUGGACUAGAAGAGGAGGUUGAAAGGCUGAAGAGGGACAAGAAUGUUCUCAUGCAGGAACUUGUUAGGUUGAGACAGCAGCAACAAGCCACAGAUAACCAGUUGCAAGUUGUAGGCCAGCGUGUACAGGUGAUGGAGCAGAGACAACAGCAAAUGAUGUCUUUUCUUGCUAAGGCCAUGCAAAGUCCAGGUUUCUUAAAUCAGCUUGUACAACAGCAGAAUGAAAGCAACAGGCAGCUUACUGGUGGAAACAAAAAGAGGAGACUCCCGAGGCAGGAUGAGGAAAACUUAACUAGUGAACAUGGUACCAUAUCUCCCAGAGGACAGAUUGUAAAGUUUCAACCUUCACUGAAUGAGGCAGCAAAGGCAAUGCUGCACCAGAUAUUGAAGAUGAACACAUCAUCUAGGCUGGAACCUUCAAUAGAUAACUCGGGUGCUUUCAUGAUUGAUGGUAUUUCUUCUUCCAAUGCAUUAGACAGUGGGAGCUGCUCCAGUCGGAUUUCUGGAGCGACACUUUCAUCGCAUAAAUCACAAAAAGAUGCUGUUUUUCCAAACGUCCCUCAAAUGCAAGCGAUUGUGCCUGAUACUGAUAAUAAUGUUGGUUUUACUGAUGCAAGUUUGGGAGGAGGGUCUGAGAGAGGGAAUGCGGAGUAUGUUGAUCCAGUGUCAGCCAUUUUUAAUGGUGCAAAAUCUAUAGAAACGGGUGAUCUUUCUACUGAUCAUGAUAUGGACAUCUUGUUGGAUGGAACCCCUAAGCUUCCGGCAAUUAGUGAUGUUUUUUGGGAACAGUUCCUUACAACAAGCCCCCCCAGCGGGGACACGGAAAUUAACUCUAGUUCUCCCGAAAAUGGUGCAAGUGGUGAACAUGAAUUACUGUUGGGGCAGGAUAAUGGAUGGAAUGGAAUUCAACAUAUGAAUCAUCUUACGGAGCAAAUGGGCCUUCUUACAUCAAAUAGCCAGAGAGGUUAAUGGCCUAGAAAUUGUGUAAAUGUGUUGCUUGCUC